CAAGUUACUAGAGUUCAAAGUCCGUCUGCCCUCAAACAGCAGUUCAGCUCGGUUUGUCCCUCUUUCUUGCAUGUAAGAGACUUCAAGUGACGAGUCCAGAUCAUCCUCACAUAAACAGAGCACAGCCAGAAGACUCUGACUUUACAGCAGGUUUAUAGCUAUGGGUUCUUCAGCGAAAAGCAGCAGUCCCAUCACUACACAUGUGCUGAACACUGGGGACGGGGUCCCAGCGGCAAGAAUGGCCCUCAGUCUACACCGCCUGGACCCCCGCAUGGCCAUCUGGAACCUCUUAACCAUCGGGAACACAGAUGAGGACGGACGCUGUCCAGGACUAAUAACCAGCGAUGCCUUCACUCCAGGACUGUACAAGGUCCGCUUUGAGACGGGCCAGUACUGGGAGAGUUUGGGACAGUCAAGUUUUUACCCAUAUGUUGAGAUUGUCUUCAGUGUAAGUGAUGCUGAUCAGAGCUGUCAUGUGCCCCUGCUGGUCAGCAGAUACUCAUACAGCACCUACAGAGGGAGCUAGUGAGCAGACUACGAAACAGAAACACUGGAUUCACCGUCUAUCAAGACAUUCUCAAAAAGUUUCACAUCCUAA